AUGUCGUGGUUGUUCCGAGCACGGAAGAAAGACGACGGCUUUUCUACUAUUGAGGACUUCGGCGAUCUGGACAUACAGCAAAAGUGCCGUGGCUGCAAACAAAUUCGGGCUCUUUUCGAUUUCCACGGGCGCCAUAACAUUCUUCCACCCAAAGCUGUUGUUUUUCACGAAGACUAUGCCUCUCUCGACAGAUGUGCCCAGCUCUGCGUCACUUGCCGCAUCUUUCGUCAGGCGCUGCUUCUCGAAGGCGUCACUGCCGACCAUGCUGCUGUGUUGGGGCGUUCGUCAGGGUCGGUUUGCGCGAAGUUGGUUGUUGAGGAUGGUGGCUUUGCGAUAAAGAUACACGUCAACGAAGAUGGAGAAAGCAAGAUGCCGGUGGCGACGGUCAGCUGUGCACCGCUGAUGGACCCGAAGCCUCCUAUGAAGCUUCCGGUGAAUUCAGAGGACGAUAAAAUCUUUCAGCAGAUUAAAGAUUGGCUCCGCGUGUGUGAACAGUGUCACAUUGACUGUGGCAACCUCGCGUAUUCGGACCGCAUGCCCACUCGGCUUCUUCACCUCCUCUCUGACUCACGAGCGCAGCUAGUCGAUAGCGAGAAUUUGAUGAACGGCAAGGCCCUUCGUUAUACGGCACUGAGCUACUGCUGGGGAACUGGCACAAUCAGUGGUGAUGAGAACGAGCUAAUCGAACAGGGAAAAACGCUGAGGGCCAACUUGGAGAGUCGAUAUCGACCGUUUGACACUGGAAAUCUUCCAGGCACAGUACGCGAUGCUAUCAAAAUCACCCGGCGAUUGAGCGACCCAGAUAACGAGCUUGAGCUUUGCUUCCUCUGGGUUGACUCGCUGUGCAUAAUCCAGGAUGACGUCCAAGAUAAAAAGGUGGAAAUACACCGUAUGCAGGAAGUCUAUGGUAACGCCGCUGUCACCAUUUGCGCGACAAUGUCGGCUAAGGCCACGCAGCCGUUGCUAACGCCGCGUCUCGCGUGGUCAAAGCAAAUCAAGCCAUGCCGCGUCGGCACCUCCUGGCUUACCGUGAAAUCCACGGCGCCUGCUGGUCUCCGAUCAAGAGCUCCGUUAUUCCUUCGGGCAUGGACGCUUCAGGAGGAGCAUUUGUCGCCGCGACUGCUUUUCUGGGGUGGUCAGCGAUUCAGCUGGGCUUGUGGGCGUGGCGAGUAUGCCGAGCAGACAUCUUCUUCUGUCUCUCUAGAUACUUCUACCGUUCAUGUACGCAAAUUUCUUGCUGAGUGCCGUAUAUCGGAACCAGAGGAGCUCUGGCUUGCAUGGAACUCAGUUGUAGAGUCAUAUACGGCGCGGAGCCUGAGUAACCCGGCAGAUAGAUUCGAUGCGUUGGCGGGACUAGCGACGCGAUAUUUAACUGCUGUUUCCGGAAACAACGAGUAUAUGGCAGGUUUAUGGCGGGCAACAUUUGCGCAGGACCUCCUGUGGCGUGUUUCAAGACCACCGGGGCUCGACAUAGGAUGGCCAGGCACGGCAGGAAUCCCAAGCUGGUCUUGGGCGAGUCUUCCUAUUGGCCUGGGGGCUUGUAUGUGGCACAAAUUUAAGAUGUCGACUAAGGUGGAGUUACUCGGCGACGGUUCAAGUUUGAAUGUCGAGCCAUCAGAAGCGGUUGCUCAAGGUGCGCGUUUGGUUCGUGUCCGUGCUCGAGGGCUCCUAAGGAAUCUUUGGAGCCCCGGAUCACAGCUUCGAGAGUGGGGCGAUAUUUGUGUCUGCGUGGACGGUGUCAAUAAGUUCAGCUUUGGUUCUAGCCCGGGCCAGGAUGUCCAUGCUGUCGAUUGCCUCACAGGCAAAUUGGUUGUGUAUGAGGCGCGAAAGCAGGAGAUUGUCGCCGAACUGGACUACUGCAGGCUCGCGAAGGAUGUCAAUGAGAGACUGUUAUUGGAGGUUCACUGUCUCGCCAUCUCUGAACAUGGAAUGCUUCUGCUGCGCCAUCAGAAUGACACAGGUUCUUUCGAAAGAAUAGGCAUUGGCUUUGGGUAUCGACGAGAUUUCUUUAAAGGGCUGGAGAAGACAGAAAUUGUUCUGGAAUAA